AUGACCUGUAUCAAGGUCCUUGACGUCAGCUCGAACCAACUCGAUUCGCUCGAGGGUAUCUCAGCGAUGGGCACAUUGCGAUGUCUAGAGCUCCAUUUGAGCAAUAACCGUUUACGUCACCUCUGUGGCCUGGGCCCUCUCCCUAGCCUCCUUGUGCUCAUCGUCGACCAUAACAGACUAACCCUAGCUUCGAGACGACGCUAUGAUGCUGAUGCUCUAACUACUACUGACGAUGACAAGAUGCAUGAGAGGUUCCCAUCUCUGCAAUUGCGUGAGCUCGUGCUGGAUCAGACAAAGCUCCGUCGAAUUGGAUCGAAUGAUGGGUCGAAGUAUCGUGACGCCAAAUCACUUCAAAAUGCCUUGAAUGAUAUGAAGGCUGAACGAGAGAUGGAUGCCUUGAGAAGAGCGCGGGGAUUCCUCCCCCAACUAAUGGGGAUGCCCGUGAGCGGCUCUCCGUUGAGCUCAUUGAGACGGCUGAGUCAAAUGACUCUAUCCGACCUGUCGACGAAUCUUCGGGAGCUGCACUUGGAGAACAACAGUCUGCACGACUUGGCGUUUGUCAGGCAUUUGCCGAAGUUGACAGGUCUCUUUGCUGCAUCAAACCGUAUAUCGGAUAUCACUGAGGUCGAACGCUUAGCUCUCAAUGGCCUACCAAGAUUACGACGACUGGACCUGUCAGCCAACCCUGUUUGCCGGACUCCCUUGUAUCGGCUCACGGUCAUUCAAGCUUUACCGACUUUACGAAGCCUUGAUCAUAUCGUGGUCACUUUGGAAGAACGACAGAAAGUGGACUCACUCGCCGUCACGAGGGUCAUCAACAGAUUCGGAUCAUUUGCAAUGAUUGAUGAGGCGACUUCAAUGCCAGUGAAUGCAUCUACUCCCGCUGGGCUGUCAGUGAAGACCCUAGGAUUCGAUAAUGGCAACUAUUACUAG